UUUUAAUUUUGUUUUUGCAUUUUCUCUUCUCCGUAUCUCUCUCAUGACACUCCUCCCACUCGGCCUCGCAGCCUCUUUUUCAUGCCUCGGCAGAACCUCGGCAUCCACUCUACCCGAGCUUUUUUCCAUUUCAUGCUCUAGACUCUACAAGUCGGUUUCAUGUCUGAUUAUAUGAAACAGUGACGAGCAUUGAACCUAUCUUUUUCCGAAUAUUAUCAACUACAUCUCCGUGCUUGGUCCCCAACAACUUCAUCGAGGUAGAGAUGUCCGGGAGGAGUCCAGGCCCCAACUUAACGGUCUAUCCGAAACGAAUCCCCUUCUGGCACUUGCUCGUCGAUAAGGGAGCUAUCACCCAGGAUGUGCUCGACUACGAGUAUGCUGGUUCUGGAACGGAAGACGAUCCCUUCGCGGUAGCGUGGAUACCCAACGACAGCCGCAAUCCGCAAUUCUUCAGCGGCGCCCGCAAAAUCUCGAUAACCCUCACCGUUGCCUUUGCCAGCUUGAUCGUCUCCCUAGCAUCAUCUGCGUAUAGUGGGAGUAUCAGCGAGAUCAUUGCUGAUUUCCAAGUUAGCACGCCUGUCGCGACGCUCGGUCUAUCAUUGUACGUGUUAGGCUUCGCGAUCGGUCCGUUGUUUUGGGCCCCUGUAGGCGAAGUCUAUGGUCGGCAGGUUUCAUUCUUUAUCAGUUUGCUUUUCAUGGCCAUUUUUUUGGCCGGUUGUGCCGGCGCACAGAACAUCUGGUCCUUGUGUAUUCUGCGUUUCUUUGCGGGAUCAUUUGGCUCUGCUCCAUUGACGAAUGGCGGUGGAACUAUCUCGGAUAUUUUCUCGGCGAGGCAACGGGGCCUUGGACUCAGCCUCUACGCUGCCGCGCCCUUCCUCGGACCCUCUUUGGGCCCUAUCAUUGGCGGGUUUCUUGGGAUGAAGGCUGGUUGGCGAUGGGUGGAAGGUCUUCUGGCUGCGACUGCUGGAUUCGUCUGGCUCGUGUCAACCUUGAUGACUCCAGAGACAUAUGCGCCAGUGCUCUUGCGAGAGCGUGCGAAUCGACUCUCGCGUAUUACGGGCAAGAUCUAUCGCAGCAAAAUAGAACUGGAGAAGGGCCCAGUGACUACUGCUGAACUAUUGAGGAAAACACUCUCCAGACCCUGGGUCCUACUUUUCAAAGAACCCAUUGUCUUGCUCUCGGCAGUCUACGUCGCACUGGUAUACGGUACUCUUUACAUGUUCUUCGCGGCGUUUCCCAUCGUUUUCGAAGAAGUACGAGGAUGGAAUCCAGGUAUGGGGGGUCUCUCCUUCCUGGGUAUCAUGGUUGGUAUGAUCAUCGGAAUUAUCUGCACUAUCCCUGCGAAUCUGCAUUAUACCCAAAUCCAGAGUCAACACGGAGGAUAUGCGCCACCGGAAACCCGAUUGAUCAUGUGUAUGCCGGGGGCUAUCGCAAUCCCAAUCAGCCAGUUCUGGUUUGCGUGGACGAAUUAUCCUUCGAUCCACUGGAUUGUAUGCAUCAUCGGCACGGCACCAUUCGGAUUUGGCGUUAUCCUGAUCUACAUGGGGUGCAUGAACUACUUGAUCGACUCGUACACCAUCUAUGCAGCGUCCGUGCUCGCGGCUAACGCAGUACUUCGGUCGAUCUUUGGCGCGGUCUUGCCUAUAGUUUCAACGUGGAUGUAUGAUGGUGUCGGAAUUCAUUGGGCACCGUCCAUUCCUGCGUUUAUCUCGCUCCUCUUCCUGCCGUUCCCAUUCUUCUUUUACAAGUAUGGUGCUGCGGUGCGGGCAAAGUGUAAAUAUGCGGCCGAGUCUGAUCAGUACAUGAGGAAGCUGGCAGAGAAUACGGUCCAAGAAAAGAAACGGAGGGCAUCGACGGCGGAACCAGAGGCACGGACCGAAGUUCCCACCAUGGAGAUGGAGCGCGUGGCUACCGUGCAGUCGAUUUAACGGUGCUCAUGAUACCCUUUUCUUUGGCUUUCCUAGGAUGUCACGAGGUGGUAUCUAGGUUUGGGAAAGGCAAUGUAAAUACAUAGACGUCUAGACUAUUAUAGACUUUAUAGAAUGUUUGUUAGGGUGGAGUGUAUUUUAGAGGGGGUCAAUCUAGACCUAGGGACUCAGCCACGACGUCAUCGGUGGACAACUAAUGACACUUUAGAUGCCUCAACCUUCAGGCAUGCAAAUCAC